GGUAGUGACUUGAAGAUCUAAAGGGCGUUUACCUUGUUUUUGCUAUCUUUCUCCACAGCAGCAUCAGCACUCACCCUGGAGACAAAGUUUAGCGUCAUAUGUACUCUGGACUUUUCAAGUCACUUUGCGCUUUGAAGACAGAUCCUCAGCAAGCAGUAAAGCCUUUUCUACCGUAAUUUUAGUCUCUCUUUGUGGAUUUCAUUCCCAAAAAGGCCAGGGGGGAGGGGGUGGUACAGAUAAUGGGAGGGUAGUGGUGAUACUUGUUUCCCUCUAAGUUCUUCCUUUCUUUUAGCCCCACAGAGUACCCGAGAGGAGAAUGGCAACCAAGAACUCUUCUGUGACAGAGUUUAUCCUCGCAGGCUUAACGGACCAGCUGGGGCUUCAGAUCCCUCUCUUCUUCCUGUUUCUCUGCUCCUAUGUGAUCACUGUGGUGGGGAACCUGGGCUUGAUUACUCUGAUUGUGCUGAACUCUCACCUGCACACACCCAUGUACUUUUUUCUCUUUAACCUCUCUUUAAUAGAUUUCUCUUACUCCACUACCAUCACCCCCAAAAUGCUGGUGAGUUUUGUCUCAAAGAAGAACAUCAUCUUGUAUGCAGGGUAUAUGACUCAACUCUUCUUCUUGUACUUCUUUGGUAUCUCUGAGUCCUUUGUUCUGUCAGCAAUGGCAUAUGACCACUAUGUUGCCAUCUGUAAACCACUGGUGUACACAGUCACCAUGUCCCCACAAGUCUCUUUUCUGCUUUUGUUAAGUGUCUAUGUGAUGGGUUUUUUGGGUGCCAUGGGCCAUACAGGAAGCAUAAUGAGUCUGACUUUCUGUGCUGACAACCUCGUCAAUCAUUUCCUAUGUGACAUCUUUCCUCUCCUUGAGCUCUCCUGCAAUAGCACCUAUGUGAAUGAGCUGGUGGUAUUUAUUGUUGUAGCCAUUGUCAUCGGAGUGCCUAUCAUCACCAUCUUCAUCUCUUAUACUCUAAUACUCUCUAGCAUUCUCCAUAUUAGCUCCACUGAGAGCAGGUCCAAAGCCUUUCAUACCUGCAGCUCCCACAUAAUUGUGAUUUCUCUUUUUUUUGGUUCUGGAGCUUUCAAGUAUCUCAAACCACCUUCCAUUUUGCCUCUUGACCAAGGGAAAGUGUCCUCCCUCUUCUAUACCAUUGUGGUGCCUCUGUUAAACCAAUUAAUCUAUAGCUUGAGGAAUAAGGAUGUCAAAAUUGCCCUGAGGAAAACCUUGAGAAGAAAAACAUUUUCUUGAGAAAGGAGCAGUAUUUGAAGAAGGAGAUCUAAUGCUUUGUUUACUAGUGUGUGUGUUUUCAGUGAUG